GACUACGACAUCGUCGUCAUUCAAGAACCAGUCAUCGACUUCCUAGGCAACACCAGAGCCACCCCAGAUUGGAACGUAAUCUACCCCACCCAUAGAUAUUCACAUCAAGAACGCUCACGAGCAGUAACCCUCAUCAACAAAUGUGUCAACACAAGCAAUUGGAGGCAGCUACCAUUUCCCUCCUCUGAUGUCGUCGUUACGCAACUCAACGGUACAUUCAGGAAAAUAACUAUCUUUAAUAUCUAC